AUGGCCGACUCGGAGAGCCAUUAUGCCUUCGACGAUGGCCCCGAUGACGAGCAGUCCAUCAUAUCUACUCGAGGACUCGAAGCCUUUAGCCGCAAGGUCACUGUCACGGCGAGCCAGCUCAUGGGCCCAGCCGCAGAGGCCUCGGGAGCCCAUUAUCGCGCCGCCCUGGCAGAAGUUCACAAGCAGAUGAAGCGCCCCAGCGUCCAGCGCGGCAUGUUCUCCAUGGCCCGGUCCAGCCCGACCGAGAUUGUGCGGUCCAAGCUGUCAACGACCGAGAUCCAGCACCGCGCCCUCACCCACCUGCCCGACGAGCUGCUGUCCAACAUCCCCGAGCACCAGAAUGCCUAUUCGCUGUUCCAGGGUUUCCAGGCCAGCUUCCCGGAGCUGGCCGACGACAGGAAGAAGCACCGCCGACAGCCGUCGAGGGGCAGGAAACUGUUGGAGGAGGGGGAGAACACACCCGCAACGCCGACCAAGUUAGCCCAGCUCAAGAAGGAAAAGACGACCAUGGUGCACGAGCUGGAAUUGCUGGGGGUGCGCAAGAGCAUGGUCAGCUGUGAGAUCCGCGAAAUAGACAACAAGAUUGCCAAUCUCUACGGCAUGCGUAGGAUUGUGCUAGAGAGGUUGGCGGGCUUUGAACAAGACGAGGCGACACUCGAGCACGAUGUCAUGGACCUCGAAUUGAAAAUCGACGAAGUCCAAGCCAUUGUCGACGAAGCCGAGGAGAUUGCGCGCAACACCGCCACCAAGGACGAGCGAGAUCUAGUUGGAGAUGCCGACGACCACGACCCCGAAUUCAUGUCCAAGUCUGUCUACGAGAAGCUGCCCGCCGCCGACACCAAGCAGCGCAAGCCGAAAAAGGUCCAUCGCCGGAAAUCCAUGCCCAUUCUGCACGAGCACUUUGCCCCGGGAUCCAACAUCCGCGAAAUCCGGGCCCACCGCGAUACGAUUACGGCCAUGGAUUUUGAUGCGCCAUUCGGAACUCUGGUCACUGCCGCACUGGACGAUACUGUCCGGGUUUGGGAUCUGAAUGCCGGUCGAUGCAUGGGCUACCUGGAGGGCCACACGGCCUCGGUGCGAGCAUUGCAGGUCGAGGAUAACAUUCUAGCCACCGGUUCUAUGGACGCCACCAUCAGAUUGUGGGAUUUGAGCAAAACGCACUACAACCCUCAAGGCGGCAAGGACACCGGCGAUGACGACGAGGACGCCAUUGCUUUUGAACACCCCGAUGCGCAGCCCAUCGAGCCUCCGGAGGGCAGCAUGGACGACUGCGCCCUCUUUACGCUAUCAUCUCACGUCGACGAAAUCACCGCACUUCACUUCAGGGGAGAUGUUAUGGUCUCUGGCUCAGCAGAUAAGACGAUCCGGCAUUGGGACUUGGAAAAGGGUCGCUGCGUUCAGACGCUCGACGUCAUGUGGGCGGCCGCUCAGGCAUCGGCCAUUGCAACGGCUGACGAUACCUGGAGGCCGACUGGCCGAGCCCAGGGAACCACGGCUGACUUUGUUGGUGCCUUGCAAGUGUUUGAGUCCGCGCUGGCAUGCGGUACUGCCGACGGUAUGGUCCGCUUAUGGGAUCUGCGAAGCGGCCAGGUUCACCGUAGCUUGGUGGGCCACACCGGCGCUGUGACAUGUCUGCAGUUUGACGAUGUACAUCUAGUGACGGGCAGCUUAGACCGAAGCAUCAGAAUAUGGGAUCUCCGAACAGGGUCCAUCUACGACGCCUACGCCUACGACAACCCCGUCACCAGCAUGAUGUUUGAUGCGCGACGGAUUGUCAGCGCGGCCAGCGAGGACGUGGUCAAGGUGUACGAUAAGGUCGAGGGACGGCAAUGGGACUGCGGAGCGGGCAUUGCCGCGUCCGAGGGCGCCAAGAAUGCCGCCGUCGUCGAACGUGUACGUGUUAGAGACGGCUACCUGCCAUCACAACCAACAGCCACGGAUCUAAAAGCACUUGCGAUGCAGCAAUUACUACAGCGCCAAGCCCGGCUACUCAUCAAACUACAUGAAUCCCUGCCCCAGAAUACAGACACCAGCGUAGAUGAAGAUUUGCUGCAGACAAGGCUGGAUGACCUCGCAUCGGUUUGCAUGACGGCGUUUUAUGCGUAUCGGUUUGAUUUGCUGCCGUAUUACUGGCGGUGGAUAUACACAGACACAUUGAUCCUCAUGUCAUAUUACGCCAUCUUAAAGGCGGCGCGAGAGAAUUCAUUUGAUGAGAAUCUCAUGGAUCGCGUGGUGGAAAGUUUAGACAGGGCACUUAUCGUAGCCGGCGGCGCGGGAAAACUUCUAGGCAAACAAUGGAUCGAAAAGACAUUGGAACUACUCAGCCGUUUCUGGGAAGAAACAGAAACAUCUGAAGAAGAAGAAACUCAACGGCCGCAGAAGCGCAUCAAAAGGGACACGACAUUCUCUACUCACGAACCAUUCGGUAGGCCGAAUCUCUCCGCUGAAAGGACAUGUCCGCGAUAUGAAAACUGGACGCUGGAGAAAUUUGAGAAGUACAUGAAUGAAGAGAGUCAGGGAAAGCCGCUGCCGAUUGUUUUUACAGACUUGACGAAAGAAUGGCCUGCUUUUUCGGAUAUGCCGUGGAAUAGUCCCGAGUAUCUCCUCUCGAGGACGUUUGGCGGGAGGAGGCUCGUCCCUGUUGAAAUCGGACGAAGUUAUGUUGAUGAAGGCUGGAGUCAGGAACUCAUUCAAUUCAAACACUUUCUCGCAAAAUACAUCGACCCGAGCAUCACCACCUCAACACCAACAUCAGAUGAGAUGCUUCAGCCCGAAAAAGUCGGCUACCUCGCCCAGCACAACCUCUUCCAACAAAUCCCCUCCCUACGAAACGACAUCCAAGUCCCCGAUUUCUGUUGGGCCGACGUCCCGCCCCAUCUUACAGACUCUACCAAAAACCAGACACCAGUACAUGUCCCUCAAUUAAACGCGUGGUUUGGCCCUGCAAAGACGAUUACGCCGCUUCAUACGGAUGGAUAUCAUAAUUUAUUGUGUCAGGUCGUUGGGACGAAAUACGUGAGGCUGUAUUCGCCUGAAGAGACGGGAAGGUUGCGGCCUAGAGGGAUGGAACAUGGUGUUGAUAUGAGCAAUACUAGUGAAUUAGACGUUGGUGUCAUGGAGGGCUGGGAUGAGGACGGUGGGGAUGACUGGGAGAGUAUUCGGAAUGAGUUGAAGGACGUUCCGUAUUGGGAGACUAUACUUAACCCAGGAGAUACGCUGGUGAUUCCCAUCGGGUGGUGGCAUUACGUCCGGAGUUUGAGCAUCAGCUUCAGCGUCAGUUUUUGGUGGAAUUAA